GCGAAACAACAAAUCAUACGCUUUGAAAAAUAGACAAAAACCGUAAAGGGUAGAGAGAGAGAGAGAGAUGUGUGAUUCUGUUUCAGUUGUUCGGUAAUGGCGGAGAUUUGCUAUUUUGGGGGUCUCGUCCAUUACAAGGUUCAAUCUCUUUCUCUCUUCCGCAGCAAACCCCAUCACUUCAAUUCAACAUCUCUCAUGGCUGCCUCUGUUCCGGCUGAAUGCUGCUCCUCCUCCUCCACCGUGGAGUCGCCUUCUCUCCUCGUCUUCUCAGGUGGAACUGGAUUUAACGGUGUGGUGGAAGAGUUGAAGAAGAUAACAACCCGAGUGGCUCAUGUUCUUCCUGUCUCUGAUGAUGGAGGAAGUACAGCUGAGAUUGUUCGUGUUCUCGGCGGACCAGCGGUUGGUGACAUACGUUCGAGGUGUUUAAGGCUGUCUGAUGAAAGUACUUCAGAGGCACUUGCUGUUAGACGGUUGCUUGGCCAUCGUUUACCUAUUGAUGCACAUAAGGCCAAGAAAGAUUGGUAUGAUAUUGUGGAAGGUGAUCAUCCUCUGUGGGAUGGUGUAUCAAGACCCUACAGUGAAACAAUCCGCGCUUUCUUAAUAUACUUUCAGAAUGAGAUACUUAGACGACCUAAUGAGAGAUUUUGCUUCAGUAAUGGAAGCAUUGGGAACUUCUUCUUUGCUGGAGCAAGGAUAUUUUUCCAGUCUUUAGAUGCUGCGAUUUUUCUGUUUUCACGCGUUUCAGAGAUUCCUUGUAACAGUUUGGUCCUCCCAGUGAUAUCAACCAAUGAUAGGCUUACACUAGGAUGUGAAUUACAGGAUGGGACUAUAAUACGAGGACAGAAUGAAAUCUCUCACCCGACCCAUGGGACUCUGCAGACUGUUGACAAGAGACAUUGUUCGACUUCAGCUCUUCCAUCGAAGAUAAAGAGAGUGUUUUACAUGUCAAGUGAAGGCAAUAAUCUGCUUCAUGAGGUCUUCCCACCAGUUAACCCAACUGUGUUGGAGCAGUUGAGAAGCGUGGACUGUAUCGUUUACGCUAUGGGAUCCUUAUUCACUUCCAUUUGUCCAUCACUGGUUCUGCUUGGUGUUGGAGAGAUUAUCUCUUCCAGGUCAUGUCGCAAGGUACUUUUGUUGAAUGGUAGCCAAGACCGAGAAACAAGCGGCUUCACUGCUUCCUGCUUUGUGACUGCUAUUGCUGACGCUCUAAACAGGACUUAUGGAGAUCCUAAUAUCCGGCUCAAGAAUCCCCCUGGAUAUUACAUCAACACACUUUUGGUCCCGAAAGAUGGAGAAAUAGUGGUGGAUCUCAAACAAUUGUCUGAACAGGGGAUCAACGAUGUUAGAGUUGUGGAGAGUGUUGUUGACCCGAAGCACGGUGUCUUGUUUAGCCCGAGCUCUCUGAUAAACACCCUAGCCAGUUUGGUGGUGUAAAUAAUUAUUCUUUAGGUCAGAGCUAGUUUCUUCAUCUACGGAAUUGAAACUAUGAAGUUGUUGGUACUGUUUAAUUUGAUCCUUUUGUGACUUGAUAUAAAAGGUUAUGAAUGGACAGUGAUCAUAUUCUUUAGCUAAGCAAAGAUAAAGGCCUCUCUUUCUCUCU